AUGGGAGCCAUUGAACCCCUUCCCACUUCCACUGCGAGAAACAAAGACAAAGAAACCCGUGCCAUCUUCUUCUUCGACAUCGACAACUGCCUGUACCCAAAGAGCAAAAACGUGCACGACCACAUGGCGCUCCUGAUAAACCGCUACUUCAUCAAACACCUGGACGUUUCCACCGAUGAAGCCACCCGCCUCCACCAACAAUAUUACAAGGACUACGGGCUCGCGAUCGAAGGGCUAUCACGACACCACAAAAUUGACCCCAUGGAUUUUAACCGGGAAGUCGACGACGCGCUACCGCUAGACGACCUUCUCUCUCCAAACCCGGAGACCAGAUCCUUACUAGAAGCCUUCGACAGAUCGAAAGUCAAACUGUGGCUAUUCACCAACGCCCACAUCACACAUGGGCGACGCGUAGUGAGGCUACUGGGCAUAGAGGACCUCUUCGAAGGAAUCACAUACUGCGACUACUCUCAACAACCCCUGGUGCCGAAGCCGCUUCCGGAGAUGUUUGCCAAAGCGGAGCGAGAAGCAGGCGUCACCGAGCACACGCAGAUAUAUUAUGUCGACGACUCGUAUUUGAAUUGUCAAGCGGCGUAUAAGCGAGGAUGGACCAAUACCGUACAUCUGGUUGAGCCUCAGAUCCCCGCUCCGCCGGAAAAAGCAUGCAAGUAUCAAAUCAGCCAUCUUCGACAGCUUUCAGACCUGUUUCCUGAGCUUUUGCGCAAGUACUAA